AUGGAAAUUGGGAGAGAGGGUGAGAUUGUGGACAUGUCCAUUUCACCCCCAGUAGUUGGUUCCACUAUUAACAAUGACUUUUGUCAGCGCAAAGAGUUCAUGUCACAGACAUAUCUUCAGAAUAAGUACUCAGAGAUUGACAUAGACAUUGAAGGUUCCAAUUUCGAACAAAAUCGCCCCCUCCCCAUAUUUCUCAAGUUUGACGAUGUGAAGUAUAAAGUGAGAAAUAGACAAACAAGAUCAGGUAUCCUUGUGAAGACUAUGGUGUCAAAGGCAACCUCACAACUCACUGUGAAGGUAGAUAGAUACAAGAAAAUUUUAAAGGGUAUCACAGGAAGCAUAGGUCCUGGUGAAAUUCUUGCCUUGAUGGGUCCUUCUGGCAGUGGGAAGACAACCUUGUUGAGAGUUAUAAGAGGAAGACUAGUUGACAAUGUAAAGGGAAAAGUAACUUAUAAUGAUGUUCGUUUCACUCCAGCUGUCAAGAGGAGGAUUAGGUUUGUGACACAAGAGGAUGUGUUUUCCCCACAAUUAAUUGUUGAAGAAACUUUAGUCUUCUCUGCACAUUUGAGGCUACCAAGCAGUAUGAGCAAGCAGCAAAAAUAUGCAAAAGUGGAUACCACCAUCAAGGAGCUAGGCCUAGCAAGAUGUCGCCACACAAAAAUAGCUGGAGGAUAUCUCAAGGUCAUAUUAGGAGGAGAAAGGAAAAGAACCUAUAUAGGCUAUGAAAUUCUUGUUGAUCCUUCACUUCUGCUACUUGAUGAACCGACUUUUGGCCUUGAUUCCUCCUCAGCAAACAAAGUCCUUCUCACUUUGCAAGGACUUGCAAAGGCUGGAAGGACCAUAAUCACAAUAAUACAUCAGCCAUCCAGUGGAAUCUUUCACAUGUUUGACAAACUUCGUUUGAUAUCAGAAGGCUAUCUUGUGUACUAUGGAAAGGCUAAGGAAACAAUGGAGUACUUUUCAUCUUUGAGAUUCACCCCUCAAAUACCGAUGAAUCAUGCAGAGUUCUUGCUUGACUUGGCAACUAGACAAGUGAAUGACAUAAGUUUUCCGGCUGAUAUCUUUCAAGAUCAAGAAUCUUCUGACCCUUCAAAAGUUGUUAUUGAACUAAAGCUAGUUCAAGCACUUGGAAUUGCACUUUUGUUGGGGCUCCUUUGGUGGAACUCUUCAACCAAUACUGAAGCUCAACUCAGAGAUCAGGUUGGUUUAGCAUUCUACAUCUGUAUAUUCUGGACAUCUUCAUGCAUUUUUGGAGCAGACUAUAUCUUUCCAUUUGAGCAGGCUUACUUGAUAAAAGAAAGGAAAGCUGACAUGUACAGAUUAAGUGUAUACUAUGCAUGUAGCACUCUAUGUGACAUGGUGGCACAUAUUUGCUAUCCUACUUUUUUCAUGCUCAUCUUGUACCUCAUAGCUGGCUUUAUGAGAAAUGUUGCUUCCUUCUUCUUGACACUAUUGUCGCAAACAAAAUUGUAG